AUGUUAUCAGUCAUUCCCCUUAUCCUUGUACAGCUAAUCGCAUGUAAAGGAGAAGAAAAUACAACUAUACGUCAAGAAGAGUUCAAAUGUUCAUUGCCUGAUGUAACCAGUACAGACGAUAAUCUCGACAUUACUAGAUUUAGAGCAGAUUUUUCUAAAAUAUCUGAGGUAAAAUUUCCAGGUUUAAUUGGUCCAUUAAAUGAACGAUUAAUAUGCAAAAUUAAAUGCAUUGAUGGUAAUUGGGUUGGUCCCUUAUGCUCUUCUACACCAGAUGGAAGGUUUCAACCAAUCCUACGUGAAUGUUUCUAUAGCAAUGACUAUAAGUUAUUAUCAAUUUCAUUUAAGAAUUCAUCAAUUGAGAAAGAAACUUACUUUCCUCAUGGUUCAGUCAUACUAUCCAAGUGUAAGCAUUUUGGGUUAUACAAAUUGAAAGGUGAAGGUCAAGUGCGUUGUGAAAAUGGAGAAUGGAGCCCAAAGUUUCCUGAAUGUGUUCCAACAACAUUGAUCACAAAUUUCACAGGCGAUGCACCACCAUCAAUACAAUAUGUUGUUGUAAGUGGAUCAGCAGUAGUAGAGCCUUCAGGAGAGCUAUUUGUGUAUCCAGAAAGUACAUUAUGGCUUGAUUGCAUUGCCCCUCGUAUCCUAGGUGACCCUGAAUGGAGUUGGACUCAAGCUUUGGGACAGCAUAGUGCUGCUUGGGCCAAAAAUGAUGGCGAAAAGGAAACUCAUUUUCGACUGACUUUGAUCAAGAUGUCAGCACGCCACAGUGACCAAUAUACCUGCGCCUCACCCGGAGGUCACACUAAUACCAUCACCAUUAAAGUUGUUAGUAUGGUAUGUCCGCCAAUAAAUGUAUCUUCACCUCGUAUUCGCCAAUUUUCGCAAGGCUGGAAACUGGGACACUCUGUUCACUUUAGUUGUCAUCCAGGUUUUCAUCUGAAUGGUUCAGCAAUACUUACCUGUAUGGGCAGUGGUCGUUGGUCGACAUUACCACCGACUUGCAUAGAGACCUUCUGCCCGAUGUUGAAGACCCUAGGGCCACAACUAAGUGUAGUGGAAUAUAACUCAUCAUAUGGAGGGCGAGCAGUGUUCCAAUGUGCAUGGGGUUACAGACUAGUGGGUGCUCCUGGGCUUGAGUGUGAACUUGACGGUCGAUGGUCAGGCGAUAUACCACACUGCAUACCUAUCUACUGUCCGAAUCCAAUAGUACCAGAAAAAGCGUCACUGCUUACUGAAGCUACAGCUAAAAAUGGAAAAUAUGCAGUUGGCGAUUUAAUAAUAUAUGGUUGUGACGAGGGGUACCAAGUCAUGGGACUAAAGUCAAAAAGUACCAAACUAAGCUGCAAAGGUCUA